AUGGAAGCCGAUAUAGACCAGGAGAUUUGUGAGCUAGACAAGCGGCUAGAGCGAAUGCGGGAGGAGAGUUUUAGAAUCCGCCAACAGCUCGCCCAGUCGACUCCACUAACGUCCGGCCCAGAGGGGCGCAUGAGCACCCGGGACUCUGGGAUCGGGUCAAGACCGUUUAGUAGUGUAAACGAUACUACAACGAGGGACACCUCAACGGGGACCAAGCCAAAGGUACGACUAGACCUAGGGAGUGAUCUGGACCAUGAAUAUCAAGUGGACACACCUGAUAUUGACAGGGAUUACAGAGGGACGCAUGCAGCCGAUGUAAGUUAUGCGGCGGAUACGCAUGCGGCAAGUCCUAAUGUGCCAGAUACGCAUGCGGCCGAUUUGAGUUAUACACCAAAUGCGCAUGCGGCAGAUACGCAUGAGGAUGAUUUAGCUCGUUCGGCGAAUACGCAUGUGGGCAAUUCCUUUCUGAGAGGCCAGUCUGCUAGUAGGAUUACGACACGCAGAAGGCAGCUCCCGAGCUUGGCAGUAGCGCGAGAACAAUAUACAGGGCAAGACUCACCUGUUACACGGAGGCAGCUACCUAGAAAUAUCAAACCUGUUACUUAUGACGGAACCGGCUCAUGGAUAGAUUACCGCACGUACUUUGACGCAUGCGCCAAACUUAACCGCUGGUCACAGGAGGAAAAGGGUUUAUAUCUUGCCGUGUCAUUACGUGGCCAAGCACAAGGUGUAUUGGGUAACCUUCCUACCGACUCCAGAGACCAUUAUGGCGAGCUCGUACGUUCACUGGAACAACGCUUCGCUCCCCCAAACCAGACCGACUUGUACAGAGCGCAGUUAAAGGAGAAGAGGCAAAAGGCGUCCGAAUCCUUACCCGAGUUGGGGCAAGCUAUAAGAAGAUUGACAUAUUUGGCUUACCCGACGGCGCCAAACGAUUUACAGGAAACGUUGGCGAAGGAGCAUUUUAUAGACGCAUUACAUGACUCUGAGAUGCGCGUGCGCAUUAAACAGUCGAGGCCUCGCACGUUCAAUGAAACUGUACAGCUUGCUGUGGAGUUAGAGGCGUAUAAUAAAUCGGAGAAAAAGCACCAUACGAGAGCAGCCGUUGUUGAGGAUGAGAACAAACAGGAUCAGACUGACAAUAUAACGGCGCUCAGUAAGUCCCUAAAAAAGCUCCAGGAAGAUAUGGAAACUUUGAUGGCGACGAUGAAGACCAAACCACAGAGUCAGAAACAACGUGCGCGCGACGCACCAAACAAAGCUGGGCCGAAUCGUAACACAGACAUUCAAUGCUUUUUCUGUAAGAAAAAUGGCCACAUAGCCAGAAACUGCCCGAAAAAGAAACAGAAUAAGGAACAGAAAAAGGCGGACGGUAAAACCAAUGCACUGCAUGGAAAACCUACGCAUAAGACAGAUGCUGUCAGCCACAGCGCAGGAGUUAGCGCAGCUUGCGACGCCGGCAUAUACAUACAGACAACUAUCAAGGGCAUAGAAGUGAAGCUUUUAGUAGACACUGGAUCUACGGUGACAAUAGUUUCAAGAGAUGUGUUUGACAGGAUUAGGGAGGACGAUAGACCUAGCAUGGAAAACAUGGAUAAGCUGAUUAAGACAGCGAAUGGCAGCAGAUUGGAGGUGGUCGGUGCAGGAGUAUUAUCAUUCUCUCUGGGAGCACGCACUGUAGAAAUGACGACCGUGAUUGCUGACCUAACUAUUGAUGGUUUGCUGGGAAUGGACUUCAUGAUAGAGCAGGGUUGUAUGGUUGACAUUGCUCAGGGGUUACUGAGAAUGUGCGACAUCAACAUCCCUUUGCUAUUCGAAGGUUCCUAUGGCUGUUACCGGGUCGCUGUCUCUGAAAAUAUCUGUCUUCCCCCAGCCAGUGAAAUGAUUGUCGUAGGGAAUGUUAUCGCCGAGAAAAGAUCACGUAUACCAGGCACAUGUGUGCUGGAGCCGACAGAUAGAUUUAUCAGCGCGGAUAGGGCAUUGGUGGCUCGUGCUGCAGUUUCUCCUGCGGCUAAUUGUGUUCCUGUAAGACUAAUGAAUAUUACAGAGGAGCCACAAAUGAUAUACGGAGGAACAAUAGUUGGACAGCUCUCACCAAUGGAGCGUAUAACCCAUAAAACCAAUGAUCGGACAGCAAUGGCGGACACAGCGUACCUGGAUAAACAGCUACAUCAACUACUUGAGAGGUCUCGUGAGCAUUUGACAGGGGAUCAGAUACAGAAGGCUAAAGCGUUUUUAGCUAAACGAAGAAAUCUGUUUGCGUCAUCUGACUUGGACCUCGGACGUACACAGUUGGUAAAACACCAGAUAAAAACUGGAGAUGCGCAGCCGAUAAAACAACCAUGGCGCAAAGUACCAGCUCAUAUGACCGGUGAAGUGGACAAGCAUGUAGAGGAUAUGCUACAGAAAAAGGUGAUUGAGCCAUCUACAGGGCCGUGGUCGUCUGGUAUUGUGCUAAUACAAAAGAAAGAUCAGACAACACGGUUUUGUGUAGAUUACCGCAAACUCAAUGCCGUUACCUCCAAGGACGCAUAUCCACUGCCGAGAAUCCAGGAAUCGCUUGACCAUCUAUCGGGUAACGCAUGGUUUUCAACACUAGACCUGUUCUCUGGGUACUGGCAAGUGGAACUCGACAAACAAGAUAGACCGAAGACAGCCUUCUCUACACUGAUCUACUUGGACGAUAUUAUCGUUGUUGGUAGUACCUUUGAGGACAUGAUUGAGAACCUUGAGAAAGUGUUUGAUCGCCUGGAGGCUGCGGGACUAAAGUUCAAAGCCAAGAAGUGCACACUGUUUUCUAAACGGGUCGCGUACCUAGGACACAUCAUUUCAGGAGAAGGGGUAUCUACCGACCCCGAGAAGAUAGCCAAAGUUAAAGAUUGGCCUAGGCCUACGAAUCUGACCGAAGUACAGUCCUUCCUUGGCCUAUGCAGCUACUACCGGCGAUUUAUUCAGGGAUUUGCAGCGAUUGCGAAACCGCUACAUCGGCUCUCGGAGAAGGGCACCAAGUUCAACUGGACAACGGAAUGCAGUGACGCAUUCAGCACCUUGAAGAACGCGCUCAUUAAAGCACCAAUUCUCGCUUUACCAGACUUCGAGAAAAUGUUCAUUUUGGACACAGACGCAAGUGGAUCAGCACACAAAUUCUUUGUGAAGUGUUUAUGGAGUCAAUGGGAAUUGACUUUCUAUACACCAAGACUUGCUAUGUAG